AAAUGUUGAUGCGUUCAAUACUUAUUUCCCCUACUGUAACCACAGUUAAGUUAAUUUCAGUGAACCUUUAGAAUAAGAAUAUGACAAACUGAUCUAAAACAUUAUCAGAUGUGGGAAAUGUCUUUUACAGAAUAAAAACACCAGCACACACAAACCUGUUGUAACCCUUACAUACAUAGUGGACAGAUUACAGUGAUAGAGCAGAAAGAGACGGAUAAAGAUGGGUCUUUACUAGAAUAUGUAAAUUAGGAGAGUAUGUAGAAAACAAAAUACUUGUUUAUUUGCUUAAUAAGAACAAUGUCACUUCAGCUUGAGGCAGGACAAAGACAUGUGCUAUUAAAACUUACUGUAUAUUUUUCACUUCUUAUAUUUCUCCUGACUCAGAAACUCAAUCUAGCACCACUGUGUUCCAUUUCACUUAAAGACAAGACUUAGAUUUUUAUUUUAUUUUAUUGAUCGGAAACAAUGUUGUUCAGAAAUGAACCCUUUCUUGCACAGCGUCCACGCUGAUAUACAGUCAAUUUAAGGUGAACAAAAUUUCCUAAUGAAAUGUAUAUUUUUGCACCAUACUCAUAUGAACACCUUAGUUACUAUUAUAAGGUUUGUUAUUUAUUUUUUUAUUUUUUUAUUUUUUCUUUUUCUUUUCUUUUUUUACCUCAGCUGCUGUCCUAAACUGUCCAAAAAUCAUUUUAGUCAUCAACAUUAAAUAUUUUUAUAAAAAUAUUUAAUGAAUAUUUUAUAAAAAAUAUUUUAAAAUAUUUUAGACAUGCAGGUUAGCAUUUGCUGUUUAUAUAUAAAACAUUGGAGGAUCUUUUUACUGACGGAAUUCCUAUACAUGGAUAAGUGAUAUUUAGAAGAAAGUGAAAAUUUUAAGAUGGCCAAUUUUAAGAACCUAAUCUAAUCUAAUCAGCCUUCAGGAAGAUGCUCAUUCUAGUGCAAUUUCUACUUUAAUGACUCAUGUUUUUUUAAAAGAGACUUCUAGGCUUUAUCGCAACCCCAUACGUCUUUGGAAACAUGGUCUAAGAAACAUGGUCUAAAAUGUCCUUUGCGAAACUUUGAAGGACAUAAUGACGAGCUCCUCAUGUGAACUUCUGAAAAGCCAGAGCGGGUCAGUUUUCCUGGGGAGGCCAGAUCUCUGCAGCGGCCGGAGUCAUGUUCCAGUCAGAGUGUGGACAAACUGCUCCAUUAUCCUCUCUUCCUCUCUGAACAGAAAAGCUACAGAUUUUAUAAUGGAGAACAGUUCUCAGCCAUCUGCUGACAUCAGCAACCAGGUCAGUGGUCUUGAGGAGAAACCUGAGGACCCAAUGGAAGUCUUCAGCAGGCAGCUAGAGGACAUCAUCAACACAUAUGGUUCUGCAUGUAGCUUGAUGGAAGAGAAGAUUUCCAACUUGGAGAAAGAUGAAGAGAACCUGGAUGAAGAGACCAUGGCCAAGGGGGUAAGCAGCAGCCCAGAGACAGAACAGACAGCCAGUGUGCUCCUUGAAGGACUUGGUACAGAAGCUUCACUCCUGCUGCAAAGCCUAAAAGAUCUCAUCUCACCGGAGGAGAAGCUGGAGACAGUGUUGAGGAAAUAUGCAGAGCUGGUGAAGGAGCAGAGGGGCGAGCAGGUCGAGCUGCUUAAGAAGAGACAAGGCCUCCUGGUUAAACAGAGGGACCAGCUCCAGUUAGAGCACAGCCAGGGUCUCCUGGCACGAAGCAAGCUGGAGAUCCUCUGUCGUGAGCUGCAGAAGCACAACAUGACCCUGAAGGAAGACAUGCUGCAGAAGUGCCAGGAGGAUGAGAGGAAGCGAGCGGAGAUCACCAGUCAUUUCCAGAACACAGUAGUGGACAUCCAGGCCCAAAUUGAGCAUCACAGCAACCGCAACAACAAGCUGUGCCAAGAGAACAGCGAGCUGACAAACAAGCUCACCUCCAUCAUCCAGCAGUAUGAGAAGAGAGAGGAGAGCUUAGAGAAGAUAUUCCAACAGAAGAAUCUUCAGCAGCAGCUGUCAGAUGCCAAACUGGAAGAAGCUAACAUGCGUCUUAAAGAAGCUGAGGAGAAGCAUACGAGGGAGAAGGAAUACUUACUGUCUCACGCUGCGGAGUGGAAGCUACAGGUUAAAGAGCUGAAAGAGCAGAACACAGUGAUGCAGGCUCAGCUCGUGUUGUACUCUCACAAGUUUGAUGAGUUUCAGGCUACACUGGCCAAAAGCAAUGACGUUUAUACUGCUUUCAAACAAGAGAUGGAAAAGAUGACCAAGAAGAUGAAGAAGCUGGAGAGGGAGUCAAAUGUGUGGAAAAUACGCUUUGAAAGUUGCAACAAAACUCUUACUGACAUGAUUGAGGAGAGAUCUGAGAAGGGCAAAGAACUUGAGCUCUUUACUGUGAAGAUCGAUAAGUUGGAGACUUUGUGCCGAGCACUACAGGAGGAGAGGAAAGUCCUGUACGACAAGAUAAAGGAGAUCCGCAUACAAGCUAUUUCAGCCUCAGCAACUGUGAUGGAACUUGGUGAAGAAGAGAUUCCAGAACUCGACCAGCUGCCAGUCUCAGAGCCGGUGCGCAACCCAGCACUUACAGCAGAGAUGGAGAAGUUGUGGAAGGAACAAGAACGUCUGCAGGAGUUUGCAGCCUCAUUGAUGGCCUCAACUGCAGAUGAAAUGGAGGGCUCUGACAGUGAGGAGGAAUCAUCUGAGCCUAAACAACUAGUUCCUCUUGUUCCUGUGCCAAGUAAACCAACAACAGUUAAGUUAGAUUCCUUAACAGAGGAACACGGUCUGGAAGAAGGUAUUGAAGAAGUACAUAAAUCAGAUACUACACUGACUCCUAAGGGAGUGAAAAGUGAGGCAAUCCAAUUAGAGGCCAAGCAUGAGUCCAAUCAACAGGAGAAAGAAGCACCUAAAGCAGAACCACCCAAAGCAGAACCACCCAAAGCAGAACCACCUAAAGCAGAACCACCCAAAGUAGAACCACCCAAAGAAGAACCACCAAAAGCAGAACCACCAAAAGCAGAACCCCCCAAAGAAGAAACACCCAAAGCAGAACCCCCCAAAGAAGAACCACCCAAAGCAGAACCCCCCAUAGAAGAACCACCCAAAGCAGAACCACCCAAAGAAGCACCACCCAAAGAAGAACCGCCCAAAGCAGAAUCACCUAAAGCAGAACCAUCCAAAGUAGAACCGCCCAAAGAAGAACCACCAAAAGCAGAACCACCAAAAGCAGAACCCGCCAAAGUAGCACCACCCAAAGAAGAACCACCCAAAGUAGAACCACCAAAAGAAGAGCUGACCAAAGUACCAACUAAAAAUGUUGCAAAAGUACAGCCAAUCAAGCAAGAGACACCCAUGCAAAAAUCUAACAAGCCAAAUUCUGUAGGCCACAAACAAAUGAAACCCAAAGAAGUAAAAAGAUUAACAGUUCAAGCUGAAGCUCCUAAAGUACCUUCUAGCAAAACUGAACUUCAUACGGAACAAGACCCCAAAGCUGAGUCUGCUAAAGAAACUUUAAAUGCAGAAGUGGAGCCUAUAAAAGUAGAAUCUCACAUUGCGGAAUCACCUGCACCCAAGGCAUCUACUACAACAGCAGCAGCAAAACCACUAAACGGAAAAUCCCAGGAAGCCACUCCCAGUGCUAAUAAACCCCACCCCAAGAAACAGGGCUCCUCUAAGAAGAAAAGUGCAGCUAAAGGUGCUAAGAAAAGCUGA